AUGACAUGGAUUUCUUCAACAAAAUAUUUUGGUAAGAGAGAAAUGUUUUCCUUAGAAAGUAUACUUAAAUCACAUCCUAAUGAUUGUGUAAUCAUUAUCUCCAAAAUCAUGGCCUCAAAAUCUGGAAAAAAUCUGAUUAAAGCAUUUUUAGAAAAAGGGUAUUUUAUUUUAACAAUUGCACCAGAUUUUCCUAUGAUUUUUCAUGGUACACCUGCUCAAAAUUGGCUUGAAAGGCUUAUUAAUGGUGGAAUUGAUCCAGGAAAAAUACCCAUUACUCAGAAUUUAUCAAAUCUUUUAAGGAUUGUUGUUUUGUAUAAGUAUGGAGGUGUAUAUUUUGAUUCUGAUAUGAUCAUUCUUAAGGAUGUUUAUGGGUUAAGAAAUUGUAUAGGGAUUCAAGAAGUUAAUAAGGAAACAAAUGCAUGGACUUCAGUUAAUAAUGCUGUUUUAAUCUUUGAUAAGAAUCAUCCUCUUUUGUUUAGGUUUUUGGAGGAAUUUAAUUCAAGUUUUAAUGGGAAUCUGUGGGGUCAUAAUGGACCAUUUAUGGCUACUAGGGUUAUAAAAAAGGUUGGCCAUAUUUCAGGUUAUUCAUCAUCAUCGAACUCGUUGUAUUAUGCCUAUAAGAACUAUGAGCAGGGUCUAGAGAGAGAAAGAGAAGACAAUUCAUACAGGAUGCUGUCAAAUGAGGAUGAUUUAAGGUAUACUUUUAGUUUAAUGUCUCCUAUGGCUUUUUAUCCUGUUGAUUGGGGGAAGAUUAAGAAGUUUUUUUUGACCCCACAAAGGAAGGAGGUUAAUUGGGCUAACAGUAUGUUUAAUAAGGUUAAUGAAGAAUCUUAUGGUGUUCAUCUUUGGAAUAAAGUUAGUAGGAGUUUGAAGAUUGAAGAAGGGAGUAUUAUAGGAAGAUUAAUAUCUAAUAAUUGUAUCAUAUGUGAAGAUGUAUAUGGUCUUUGA